AUGGGGUUGAACCUUCGUGCUACGAAUAGUCGCCUAACCACCAAGAUGAACUUUCUCAAGCCCGCUGAGAUACCUCCUAUUUCGACCUACCAUGUAUUGGACUGUGAUGGUUUGGUAAAAGAUACAAGUCGAGGGCCACCAGAUGUCACUGACGAGGAGGUUCUUGAAUGGUACAAUAACAUGCUAACCGUCAACAUCAUGGACAACAUUAUGUUUGAAGCCCAGCGCCAUGGUCGUCUGAGCUUUUACAUGGUGUCUGCGGGAGAGGAGGCUGUGACUGUUGGUUCUGCAGCGGCUUUGGAUGCCAGAGAUGUGAUCACUUGCCAAUACCGAGAGACCGGGGUUUUUGUCCAGCGAGGCUUUACUCUGAAAGACUUUAUGAGUCAAUUGACUGCCAAUCACAACGAUCCAGGAAAAGGGCGCAACAUGCCAGUACAUUACAGCGGGAAAAGCAAAGUCAACAUUCAUGCCGUUGCCUCGACUCUUGCCACGCAGAUUCCACAUGCUACCGGGGCCGCAUAUGCGCUCAAAAUGGACGCACUAGAAAAUCCCGACCAGUCCGCUCAGGUUGCGGCGAGCUAUUUUGGCGAGGGAGCUGCAAGCGAAGGUGAUUUUCAUGCAGCGCUUAAUGUAGCCGCCGUGAGAAAAUGUCCUGUCAUCUUCCUUUGUCGUAAUAACGGCUUCGCUAUCUCAACCCCUACCAGUGAACAGUAUAUCGGAGAUGGUGUUGCAGUGCGUGGCAUGAGCUACGGUAUUGAGUCUCUUCGGGUCGAUGGAACCGACAUUUUUGCCGUCUAUGAGGCAACAAAACAAGCUCGACGAAUGGCUCUGGAGGAUGGAGGACGACCUAUUCUCCUUGAGUUCAUGAGCUACCGGGUUUCUCACCACAGCACAAGCGAUGAUAGCUUUGCGUACCGCAACCGAAGCGAUGUUGAAACUUGGAAAUCUAAAAACGAUCCAAUCUCACGCUUGAGACAGUGGAUGGAGAAUAAGGGUCUCUGGGAUGCAAAUAAAGACAGGAAAUUGCGCGAGCAAAUUAGGAGUGAUGUUUUACGGGAACUUGUUGAUGCCGAAAAGGAAAAGAAGCCAGCGCUUCGGGGAAUUUUUGAGGAUGUGUAUGCUGAGGUAACAGAGGAGGCAAAGGAACAGAGGGAGGAGCUCAAGCGCCUUUUGAAAGAAUAUCCAGAAGAGUACGACACCAACGAGCACGAGGAAGGUAUUCAAGGAUUGUAA